AUUACGGGUCCUUUAAGGACAUCUGGAAAGAAAGAACCUUCUAUACCUUUUCCAAUUUUCUCUUUGUUUCGUUUUCUUUGGGAAUUUUCCUUCUCCCUUACAAAUUUCCAACCCAACCCAUUCCCAGGAAACCGCCGUUUGUUUGUUUCCCAAGAAAAUUUCUCCAAUCCGUACACCCUUAUAUAUAAAUCCCACCACCACCAUAUAUCUUCCACUCCAAAAUCACUCAAAUUAUAAAACCCCUGAUUAUCUCCAUUUAAAUUAAAAAGAAAAAAAGGAAAAGAAAAGAGGAGAAAAUUCCCGAUGAAUGUAACAGGCAAAAAACAGGCAAAGAGAAGCAAGAAAUCGACGGCGGCGGAUUUCAAAGUAGUGUACAUUUCGAGUCCGAUGAAGGUGAAAACCAGCGCCUCGAAGUUUCGAUCUCUUGUCCAGAAACUCACCGGUCAGGACUCGGAUGCCGAGAGAUUCAUGGAGAUGGCAUCGGGUGCUAGUGAUGGGAAUGGACAAUCGUGGGCAUCGGCGUCGUUCCUUGACCAGCAACUCAUGGGCGAGGAGGAUGUAGUGGUGGGAGGAAAGGAGGAAGCGGCGGUUGGGGGUGUGAAUCCGGCGGAUGAUUUGGUGUUUCUGCAGAAUUUGGAUGGGAAUUUUGCAGAAAUGUUCAAUGGGUUUUGGCAUGAUUCUUCGACGGCACAAACUGAGAUGACAGGUUUAAGUGCACUGCUGUAGUUUCGGAGUAGUAGUUCAUAGUUUCUCCCAUUUUUUUAUUUUUUUGGUUUAACUAAAAUAAUGCGACGUGGAGUUGUAUAGAAAGAUGAAACCUUUCCUAGCCUCUUUCUUUGUUCAUAGUUUAUAUUAUUUUGAAUAUAAUAUAUACGAGAAUUUUGAGAAUUUAAUUAUAAUCAAUGUUUUAAUUUUUUA